UGCCGCCCCACUCCCCCCCCAGCCCCAGGCUCUCCUCGGCUGCACAGUAAGCGGGCUGAGCGCUCCCUCUUCCCGGGAGAUGGGAAGAAAGGGCCGGAGCUGCUAAGCCUGCAACGGAGCGCGCUGCGGCUGGCGGGCUGUGUCCUGGAGGCGACUGACGCCCCGCGCACCUCCCUCCCUCCUCCCAGCUCGCAGGAAGCCGAUUUCCCACCCAGCUCAGGAAAACUUGAGACAGGGGAAGCUGAGUUGGAAGCCUAGAUCCGAAGUCAUCUUCGGUUUUGAAAGAAAGAAUGCUAGAAGGUCUCUCAGCCGAUGAUUCUUUUGCAGCAAGUUGGACUUCCUCCUCUUCCUCUUCCUCCUCCUGAAACGCUUCCAUCUCUUCCUAUGUCAGUGGCCACCAGGCCCACAGCCAACUUGCUACUUUCUCCACAAAAACCACUGGGACCAGGGCCAUCCUUGCCGCUUGCACAAGAUGAAGAACUUGCCACGAGGGGGGAGCAGGACCCCUUGCUGGGGGAACUAUGCAAGCCUUUGUGCUGUAGGCUUUGUAACGUCACCCUGAACUCUGCCCAGCAAGCGCAGGCACAUUAUCAGGGUAAAAACCACAGUAAGAAACUUCGGAACUACUAUGCUGCCAACAGCUGCCCAGCUCCUGCCCGAGUGAGUAACUCUCUUGAGCCACCUACUCAGCCAAUGGUGUCCCUUCCACCCCAGGGGUCCUCCUCCAAACCAGGAGGGCGAGUGAUCCUGGCCACGGAGAAUGAUUAUUGUAAGCUGUGCGAUGCUUCGUUUUCUUCGCCAGCGGUAGCUCAGGCUCACUAUCAGGGCAAGAAUCAUGCCAAACGGUUGCGCCUGGCGGAGGCGCAGAACAACUCAUUCUUAGAGCCGUCUGAAGUGACUGGCAAAAGGAAAGUGCGUAAAGAAGGGAACGAAUUCAAGAUGAUGCAGAACAGAAGGAAUGUUUAUGCUGUGCAGAAUAACACAGGCCCUUAUUUCAACCCACGCUCCCGUCAGCGGAUACCUCGUGACCUCGCCAUGUGCGUCACCCCCAGCGGCCAGUUCUACUGUUCCAUGUGCAAUGCCGGGGCCAGCGAGGAGGUGGAGUUCCGGCAGCAUUUGGAGAGCAAGCAGCACAAGGGCAAAGUCUCCGAACAGCGGUAUAAGAACGAGAUGGAGAACCUCGGCUACGUCCAAUGAGACUUGGUCUCCGACAGCCGCUCUUUUCUGACUUCCCCUCUGUAGGGAGCAGCUUCUGCUUGCUUGCUGCCUGCCAUGUGCCCUGCCUCUGUGCUCUGUGCCUUAGGAGGCCUGCUCCCCAGCUCUCUCCACGCUUCUGAGAACUUGCAAACCUAACAGUGAAGUAAAUGAAUUUAAGCAAAAGACAAGAAAAACGGUGUCACUCCCAAUUGGCAGGAAUACGUGCUACGGGAUAUGGGGUGUGGAUCUAUUUGGUCCAUUAGCUGCCUUCAGAGGAGAACCUGCCCCUUUUACCUGGUCCCCUGCCCUCCCCCUUGCAUGAGUGAGCUUUGUGCUUGAGAAGGUAGUGCAGGGUACAUCUCUCUUUUUCACUCCGCAUUGUGCCACUUUUCCAUAUGGCAACGUGGUGGAACAAAUGGCAAAAGUUCAGGGUAAGGGGUCACAAGUCUGAGGAAAAGUCAGCGCUCUGUGACGGAGCUCCUAUUGCACCUGCAAAGCCCCCGCUGGUUAAGUCCUGCAAUCUCCAGUUGUACAAUGGUUUGGGAGAGCAGAGAUAGGAAAGACCUCUGUUGCUGGUCAGAAUUACAAGAACUGGGUACAAUGAACCAAUGGGAUUGAGCUGCUGUAAAAAAGUGAGCAGGGCAUAGGGAAAAAUGUAGUGUACCGACAGACCGCUU